AUGGCUCCUAUUUCGUCCGAUAAGAAGCAGUCUGGUGCUGCCCGAGUUCUCGGUUCUGCCUCCGCCGGUAUUGCCGAGCUCGCCGUCUUCCACCCCGUCGACACCAUCGCCAAGCGACUCAUGUCCAACCAUGGUAAGAUCACUUCUGCGUCUCACCUGAACCAGGUCAUUUUCCGAGACUACGCCGACGCCUCCAUCGGCAAGCGAUUCAGAUCCCUGUUCCCCGGCCUGGGAUACGCCGCCUGCUACAAGGUUCUGCAGCGAGUUUACAAGUACGGUGGCCAGCCCUUCGUCAACGAGUACCUGUCCAAGGCCUGGGGCUCCACCUACGAGCAGGCCUUCGGCAAGAAGACCGGAAAGGCUCUUCUGUCUGCCACCGCCGGUUCCUUGAUCGGUAUCGGAGAGAUUGUUCUCCUGCCCCUCGAUGUCCUCAAGAUCAAGCGACAGACUAACCCCGAGGCUUUCAAGGGCCGAGGCUUCUUCAAGAUCAUCCAGGAGGAGGGUAUGGGUCUGUACCGAGGCUGGGGCUGGACCGCUGCCCGAAACGCCCCCGGAUCCUUUGCUCUGUUUGGAGGUAACGCCUUUGCCAAGGAGUACAUUCUGCGACUCCAGGACUACUCCCAGGCCACCUGGGGCCAGAACAUUAUUGCCUCUUUCUUCGGUGCCUCUGCCUCUCUGAUUGUCUCUGCUCCUCUCGAUGUCAUCAAGACCCGAAUCCAGAACCGAAACUUCGACAACCCCCAGUCCGGUCUGCAGAUCAUCAAGAACAUGGUUGCCACCGAGGGUCCCGGCGCCUUCUUCAAGGGUCUUGUGCCCAAGCUUCUGACUGCUGGCCCCAAGCUCGUCUUCUCUUUCGCUCUGGCCCAGUCUCUGAUCCCCGCCUUUGACAAGAUGCUCUCCCAGAAAUAA